GUCUUAGAGUAUAUUUCUGUAGAAAAAAUAAUGAAACCAAGCGUACAUGCUUCAGAAAUCCAAAACCGCCUCUUACUUGAUGGAGUAGUGAAUCAACAGAACAUACCGAGUACCUCACAAAUAAAUAAAACAAUAAAACAAGAUCUUGYAAUGAGCAAAAAGAAACUAACGCGAAUACCUACAGAAGCACAAACCCCCCAGAACAUUAACAAACAAAAUGAGUAUCUUCAAGCAAUAUCUAGGUUUAAAGCAAAUCAAAUUCAUUUUUUUGACGAGUCUAGUGUUAUAGUGACAACGGGGAAUYGCGUCUAUGGUAAUUCUACAAUUGGUCAACCAGCAAUCGAGUUUCAAAGAUAUGCCUCCAAUGCAAAUUAUACCAUAAAUCUCCUCCACUCACUCAAAGGUGUAGACAUGUUCAACGUUAUUGAUGGACCUUYCAAUGGCUACGAGCUACUUCAUUUCUUCGAGGAAGCAGUAGAUGUUCAGCGUCCUGACGGCAGUGUUCUACUUGAACGUGGAAACUGUGUAGUAAUGGAUAAUUGCGGUUUUCAUCAUGCGCACCAUGUUGAACCAGUUUUGAGAAACCUUUUAGCAGACAUUGGUGUUUAUCUGAUAUUUCAGCCACCAUACUCUCCACAUCUAAACUGCUGUGAAUACUGUUUCAACCAGAUGAAGGCAUUUCUUCGGAAGUGUACUUUUCUCGCCAGUGAAGAAACCAAGAUAGCUAUAGCUGAAGGACUCUCGACAAUCAGUGAAGCAAAUUCGUUGCAGUAUUUCAGGSAUUGUGGCUACGUCUAAUAAAGAUAUACUUAGAAUACCGGGUUACAAUUUUGUUGUUCUAUUUUGUGCUGCGCGAAAUCUUGGCGCUUURAAGCAACCAACACGUUCGAUUCUUCGAUUUUCUCUCUUCUUCAUAUCAUUAUUCUUUGCAAAUCUUACUUUACGUUCAACGAACUUCUACAACGCUAAACAGUGUUGUGAAUGCAUUUCUUUGGUUGUUUACUCAGAUUUAGACUGUGAACGGUCUAAACGGGACCAACUGCAAGCGUCUUUGAUUCG